AUGACGCUGGAGGACUUUGAGAAAUCGCUUGCGGAAGGUCACGAACGGAGAGAAUCCGAUAACCACAAAGACAAAGAUCGGUCGGGAUCACAUCGCCAUCACCACCAUCACCGACAUCAUCACCGUGAUUCGUCCCGAACGCGCGAAAGCCACAAUCAUCGAAGCGAUAAGAAAGAUGAAGAGCGCAGACAUAGGCACAAAAGGUCCAGAAGAGACGACAAUGGCGACGACGAGAGCUCUCUCAAGAGACGGCAUCGCCAUGACCGCAAUCGCGAUGAUGACGAUCUCGGCCAAGGUGAAGCCCGGGAAUCAGCUGCUAAAGUCAGUGCGCAUGAUUUGAAACGUGAUUCAUGGAUGCAGCCCCCCUCUGCCGACGACAUAGAUUAUAUACACAGACCGGAUAAGAGCGCCCAAAAACAGCCCGAAGCGAAAUCGCUACGAAUCGAUCUCGAUUUGAAGAUUCACGAUAAGGAACUCAACACUCAUUUACGUGAUUUAAAAGAAGGAAAGGUUUCAGAAAAAGUUGACAAUCAGCCUGCGCAACAUGAAGUCGACUAUACAUUUGGCGAUGCGGGCUCACAAUGGAGAAUGAUAAAAUUGAAAAAUGUUUACCGAGAAGCCGAAGAAAAGGGUAAAAAGGUGGAAGAUGUUGCGAUUGAGCGGUAUGGAGAUUUAAGGUCUUUCGAUGACGCCCGAGAAGAAGAGAUAGAAAUGGAUCGCAGAGAGACAUAUGGAGAGUCAUAUGUGGGCAAAGACAAACCCAGUGGAGAGCUUUUUCAAGAAAGGAAGCUCGAACAAGGUGUUCACAGAGACCUUCGAGCCAGUUAUUCUAGGGACAUUGCAUCUCCUGUCAAGGAACAGGGCAAGUCGAUGGAAACCGUGGAACCUACCAGGACCACGCAACAUCUGGAUGCCACUGCACUGAACCGACUUCGCGCAAAAAUGAUGAAAGCAAAAUUGAAAGGCUCGUCUGAUGCAGCUUCUUUGGAGGAACAGUAUAAUGCUGCUGCUGGUUUGAUGGCAAACCGAAAAGAAGGCGACGUCGUGGUUCUUGGCAUUAUGGAAAACCGAAUGCUGGCCGGCGGCACUAGAAGCGAAGUCAAACCGGUUGAAAAUCGCCGAGGCCGUGAACGUGGUCAGCUACAGGAGAAUGAGGAUAUGUCGAUUGAAGAUAUGAUAGUGGAAGAGCGACGAACGCGCGGCCAAGCUGGUGGAGAAGGUCUUCGACUAGCCGAAAGAAUUGCAAAGGAUGUCAAAUUCGACAAUGAUUUGGAAUAUAUGGAUGACAAUGCGGCCAAACUCGCCAAGCGUGUACAGAAAUCAGAAUUAAACCUCAAAAAUACGGCCAUCAGCGAGUUCCACAAGAUGAACAGAAUACUAGAUAAUUGCCCGUUGUGCCAUCAUGAAGAUACGGACACACCGCCAGUGGCCCCCAUCGUGUCAUUAGCGACACGAAUCUUCUUGACUCUUCCAACAGAACCGGAACUCAGUGAAGGAAGCGCUACUAUUGUUCCCAUCCAGCACCGCACGAAUCUAAUGGAAUGCGACGAUGAUGAGUGGGAGGAAAUCCGCAAUUUCAUGAAGAGUUUGACUCGAAUGUACCACGAUCAGGGCCGAGAUGUAAUCUUCUAUGAGAACGCAGCGCAUCCGGAUCGAAAACGCCAUGCAUCUCUAGAAGCUGUUCCAUUGCCAUACAGUCUAGGCGAAACAUCGCCGGCAUUUUUUAGAGAGUCUAUACUGGCAGCAGAUUCAGAAUGGACUCAGCAUCGAAAACUAAUUGACACUCUAGCAAAGUCCAAACAAGGCUUGGGCAAGAUGGCUUUCCGUCGGACGCUAGUCAAGGAAAUGCCAUACUUUCACGUCUGGUUUGAGCUUGAUGGUGGCUUGGGCCAUGUUGUGGAGGAUACUCACCGAUGGCCGCGCGGAGAUCUUUUUGCUCGAGAGACGAUAGGGGGUAUGUUGGAUCUGCCUCCGGAUGUUAUCAAAAGACAGGGCCGGUGGAGUAGAGGCGGGGAUCGACGUGUCGAGCCUUUUCGAAAACGCUGGCGAAAGUUUGACUGGACUCGUAUUCUCACCGAGGGUCAAUAA